GGCCGAGGCGAGCCAAGCCCGGCUAGCCAUGCUGUCCAGGAAGGGCAUCAUCCCGGAGGAAUACGUGCUGACCCGCCUGGCCGAGGAUGUCCCCGAUCACGCCCGCUACCGGGCUCGUCAGCGGCGGGCUCGUUUCGUGGGCAAGAACGGCACGUGCAACGUGGCCCACAAGAACAUCCGGGAGCAGGGGCGCUUCCUGCAGGACGUCUUCACCACCCUGGUGGACCUCAAGUGGCCUCACACGCUGCUCAUCUUCACCAUGUCCUUCCUCUGCAGCUGGCUGCUCUUCGCCAUGAUCUGGUGGCUCAUCGCCUUCGCGCACGGCGACCUGGACCAGAACACGCAGCAGCUGCACCUCCAGGAGGGCGGCGGCGGCGGCGGCGGCGGAAACCUGGCGGGCUUCGUGCCCUGCGUGACCGAAAUCCACUCGUUCACCUCGGCUUUCCUUUUCUCCAUCGAGGUGCAGGUGACCAUCGGCUUCGGGGGCCGCAUGAUGACCGAGGAGUGCCCGGCCGCCAUCCUCAUCCUGAUCGUCCAGAACAUCGUGGGCCUGGUGAUCAACGCCAUCAUGCUGGGCUGCAUCUUCAUGAAGACGGCCCAGGCGCACCGGCGGGCCGAGACGCUCAUCUUCAGCAAGCACGCCGUGGUCGCCCUCCGCGAGGGCAAGCUGUGCUUCAUGCUGCGCGUGGGCGACCUGCGCAAGAGCAUGAUCAUCAGCGCCAGCAUCCGCAUGCAGGUGGUCAAGAAGACCACCAGCCCGGAAGGCGAGGUGGUGCCCCUCAACCAGAUCGAGAUCCAGAUGGAGAACCCCGUCGGGGGCAACAGCAUCUUCCUGGUCUCCCCGCUCAUCAUCUACCACGUGAUCGACAAGAAUAGCCCCCUCUACGACGUGGCCCCCGCCAACCUCCACCACCACGAGGACCUGGAGGUCAUCGUCAUCCUCGAAGGGGUGGUGGAGACCACGGGCAUCACCACUCAAGCCAGGACCUCCUACCUGGCUGACGAAAUCCUCUGGGGCCAGAGGUUUGUGCCCAUCGUGACGGAAGAGGACGGGCAAUACUCCGUGGACUACUCCAAGUUUGGCAACACUGUCAAGGUGCCCACGCCUCACUGCACGGCCAGGCAACUAGAGGAAGACCGGAGCAUCAUGGACUCCAUCUCCUUGUCGCCCAAGGGCACGGCCAGGAAAAGAUCGGUUAGACUGAAGCCUAAAUUUAGCAUAGCCGAGGAGGAGCCAUCCUGACGCCCCGCGUAGGUCAGGCUCUCCGAUGGGACACUCGAUAUAUAAAAAAAAACGCACUGCAAUUCCCCGUUUCUAUUAACUAAAAUUGGUUCCAGAAGGUAUGUAAAACACCGUGCGAGUGCAAGAGAAACGCGUGAUCCAGGAAGUUCAAGGCCGACUGCAUCCUCUCUGUCUGACUUCCUUGCUUGUUCGCACAAUCUCUUGGGGUGGAUAAAACAAUCCAAACUGGAAGAUGCCUUUUGGGUGUGGGGAGGGACUCCUUUUUUAUGUGUUGGUUGGUUUAUAUUAUUUGUGCCCUGGCAUUGCCUGGAAAUGAUAUGAUGUUUUUAACUGUUAUAUACAAACAGCUUGGUUAUAAUAAAGAAGUUCGUUGGGCUUAAUAAGAAAACCAGUGCCUGUUUACACUGCAGUGCAUUAUAUGUUAAAUAAAUAUAUGUACAGAUUUAAUUUAUUUCAUAAAUAAUAUUGCAUGGUUUCAUUGCUUUCGUUGCAAAUGAAUUUGGAGAUACAUAGCCCUUUGGCAGCCACUAACUACCUUGCAAUUAAGUUCAGUUGUGGCUCCAAUUGUAAUGUGUUAAGGAAGAUGAGGGGAAGGUACAGAAAAAAACUAGACACUUAUAAAAGACAGCAAAGACAAACAGGUAAAAUGGCAUUUUGUAAAUGGGUUUAUACUGUGCCUCCCCUACUAUCUUGUCAUAGCACACAGCUUUACAGUGCUUUAUUGGUACCACUUUCUGCUAUAUUUGUCAGUAUAGUGCUUCUUGAGUUGUGAAAGGCAGAACCAGAGGCAUCAUCUUAAUUCAAAGCCAAGAGCUAACAUCUAUGUUUUUGUAUUAUUUAUUUAUUUACAAUUAUUUCCACACUUCUGAAAUUAUUUUCACUAGAAAAUAAUUGAGAUUUUGCACAAACAGACUUUUAAAAUAGUUGGUUAAUGUAACAGAAGCAUAAAUAAUGCUUUGUUACCAGCACAUUUACAGUUAUCACAGCCUGUUACUGAAAUCAUAUGUACUGAUGAGUAGCAGCAGCAGCCAAACCAGCCUGUGUGUUGAUCACAUGAUAUCAUUAAAUAAUGUCAUAAUCAUUUUCAUUUGGCAGACAAUACAAAAGAGAGAUGACAUUGUGUGUAAUGGUCAGAGUGUUGGACUCAUGCCAGGGAGACACAGGUAUAACGAUGAAGCUUCCUUAGUGACUUUGGGCCAGUCAUAUCCUCUCUCAAGCUAAUCUACCUCACAGAGUUGUUUCCUGGAUAAAAGUGAGGGAAGAACUUCCUAGAAAAAAUGGACAGUAUAAAUAAACUCAUAUUGCAGUUUGCUUGGUAUAACCAAAUAGCAUGGGAUGAGGUUCAAUGAUGGUUGAUAACAGAGAUCCCUUGAAUUUGGCUGGUAGUGAAGACCAGACUUACAUUAAGAAGUCCUUUAAUCCGAUAGAUGUAAUGAAAUUAAUCAAUUUAAAUCCAUGAUUUAUAACCACUAUAGAACUUUGGGUCAAAGCAUGCAGUAAUGCAAAAGGGCUUUUAACCUAUCUACCAAAUAAAAUAAUAUUAGAAUAUGAAUUGUCAUUCUGAAAAUAAAAGUCUUAAUGCAUGUUAAAUAAGCAUGUCUAUGAUUUAGUAUCUUUGCAUGCUUUUAAAAAUAUGUGUUACGUGAAUAAGAAUGGUGUAUCUACACUAAUAAGGCAAUAUAUUCUGCACACUUUGCACAAUAUUAUAAACUGGACAUAGUCUGCAGCAUGGUAUAAAGUAGCAAAUUAAACAUUAAUUUUAUACACUGAUAAUGCAAAAGAAAAAUACUGUAUUUGUUAAAGAUUAGUGAUGCUAAAAUGCUUGCUAUGAAGAUAAUAAAUAAUACAGUGUAACCAGGCCAUUUCCAUUAUUUAGUACAAUGAAAAACUAUUAUUAAUAUCUUAUACAUACAAUUUCCCAUGCAGUUUUUUUCUGAGAUGCAAGUGCUCUUAAUUUCUCAUAUGAUCCUGUCAAUCUUUACAGUCUGGCUCUUCUUAUCUCUGUUUUAUUGUAAAAAUGCUAUAUGAAUUUGUUAAUUUCAAAUGAAAGUGGACUUGUUUUCACUCUUGAAGGUGCUUUUAUUGUGUGUCAAAGUGGUGUUUGAAUGAUAAACUGAAAGGGGACUUUAAUUUCUAGCCAGCAGCAAUAAAUGAUACAAGCCAGA